ACGAGGUCGUCCGCCUUGGAGUGACCUUUGAGACGGAACUUGACUGUGACCUUUCAGGCGGCCUUAACUACACUUGGACCAUGUUUGACUCUGCAGGGCAGGUUUUCCCUUUGCCUCUUGUAGACACACACAGACACAGCCUCAUCCUGCCCAACCAUCUCCUGCACUACGACACGUACACCGCCAGAGCAAGGGUUCAGGUCGGCGGGAGUGUGGUGCACAGUAACUACAGUGUGAGAGUGCAGGUAGUACCGAGCCCUCCUGUUGCCUUCGUCCGGGGCGGCACCAAUAUCUUCAUCAACAAGUGGAACGACACCAUGGUCACCCUGGACGGGCAGAGAUCUCACGACCCAGACUUCCCCAUGAACCCAGUCAGCUUCAGCUGGACAUGUAAACCGGUCAGCUCCAUUACCAGCUCCUGUUUCCACCACCAUGUUCCCACUUCAUCCCCUGUGCUUGCGUUUCCUGCUAGUUUCCUAAAACACGCCUUUGACCAGUUUCAGUUCUCGUUCACCGUCCACAGUGGAGAGCGCUCAGCUUCAUCAGAGACCUUCCUCACCUUAACGCCAAAUGUGAUUGGGAAGGUGUCUGUUUCCUGCCCUCAGUGCCAGGGAGACCAGGUGAACUGGCACAAGUCCUUCUCUGUCGGCGCCUCGUGUGAAGGCUGCAAUGUUUCUCCAAAAUACAUCCAGUACACCUGGAGCCUAUACCUGGUCAAUGCAUCAUCCAAGCCUGUCAUACAAGUGCCGUUUUGUUACACAGUGGAUCUCAGUGCUCCGUCUAGCAUCGUGGAGGGUUCUGCCAUUUCCCCUCUGACUCCUGGGACUUCCACCCAUUAUCCACCUGCUACAGAUGUGAUUGACACUGAGCCCUGGCCUGUCUCUGAUCUAGUAGACAUAAAAACAGAGGGAUCAGGAGAGGAGUCCUUUUAUCACCUCCUGGGGGAGUAUGGCCCUCCAAAGCCUUUGUUCUCCUCCACUGAAUACCCGCAACUCACCUCUGACAACAGUGGCGCCCAAUAUGCAGACCACUUUCGCCAGGCUGACGUUAUCAGUGAAUUCCCAAUUGAAUCUGACUCCUCUGCUGACUGGGAGUUUUCUUUUCCUGUUCUGGAGAGCGAGGACAUGGGAGGACAACAAGAUUCAGAUUACGAUGUUCCCUUGGUGAGCGCAGAGGAAGGAAACCCAGGGGCUUCAGCAGGAAGACCCACAGGUAUGGAUGGGGAGAGCGACGGUCCAGCAGAUGAAUCAUUCCACUAUCCAGCCUCCGAUGAAGAUGAGGGGAAUAACCUGAUACAUUCCAGACCAUCCGUUGUGAUCCGGGAGUCGGUUUUGCUCGAUUUACCCAGAGACCGAGUAGACAGAGGGCUUUUUGAGUCCUACACUUACACAGGCAUUUCCUCCCCUUGGCUGAGUUUCAGACCAUACAGUCUGAUUCCUGGGAGCAGAUACAUGUUGGCGAUCACAGCCAAAUCUCAUGAUAGUUUUCUGGGCCAGACUCAACUUUUCUUAAAAACCAACCCAGCUCCAAAAGGUGUGACGUGCCAGGUGCAACCAGUCAGAGGGAGGGAGUUAUACACACACUUCAGCAUCUUCUGCACCUCAGGGAAAGAGGACUUAGUGUACGAGUACAGUGUCCGUGUCGGAGAUGGACCUCCCAGGACUCUGUAUGAGGGGAGAGACUUCCAGUACUACUUCAGCCUUCCUUCUGGAGACCCCAAUGAUGACCACAAAGUAACUAUUUCCACGGAGAUCAAAAGCAGCAUGGAUGGGGCGGCCUCUGAACCUUGUCUUGUCACCGUCCGAGUCCAACCAAGCUUCUUCAGAGACGCCCCCACUUCAUCCCAUGGUGACCCUGACCUGGAGCUUUCAGAGUCGGGUCUGAGGAAUCUUUCGUCUCUGGUGCGAACUGGAAACGGCGUGGAGAUUCGUAACUACAUCAGUCUCCUCUCCGGCAUCCUCAACAGACUCAGCCUGGACGCUAAGGCCAACGCACACGCCCAGAGACGCACACGCAACGCGCUCAUCGGAACCAUGUGUGAGCUUGAGAGCAGUGGACAGGCAUCAUUGGUGGACAACAUCUGCAUCCUGAAAGACCUUUUACAAGUUACAAACCAGGUGACAUUAGCGAGUGCGAGACGAGUCACCGUCCACACUCAGGUCGUCUCAGAGCAGUUUUCCAGUGCUCCAGCCUGGUACUCUCAGAAGACACUGAACACCCUGGUAGCCUUGCUGUCACACUGCCUGCAAGCUGCUCUGACCACCAAUGACUUCAGACCUGAGAUGUCCGCCAGUGGCGACAUUACACAGGCGUUCGGCCCGGGCCGACGUGAUGAAAUGCAGGACUCACCCAGCGGCGUCCACAUGGAGCGAGGAUCACCAACUUCAACAAAGCAGGCCCUGCAGCUCGUGGCGGAUAUUCUCCGGACGGCUUCAGACCUGAUGCUGAAGUACAUUUCGUCCCAUGAGGCCCACGAGCACAGCGUCAGCACUGGUCUCCUCGCCUUGUACGCCACAUCGCUGAAGCAAACCUCCGCUGUCCUCAGCAGUGGCUCAGCCGCCUUCCACAUGCCUGACUCCCUGGUCCAGCGUCUUUUUGUUCAUGGCAGCGGGGAAGCAGGGGGCAGAGUGCGCCGGCCGUGCGUGCUCGGCGUGCUGACCGAGCUCAGCCGCAGUCCUUACACCUCGGCUGCUUUCCAGCCGAGCGGGCCGGUGGUCGACCUCAGUCUUUACAAGUGCAGCACAAAGAGAAAGAUCCCCGUUCGCCCGCUGAUUCGGCCGAUGAACGUCACGCUGCAGCAGCCACCGAGAAUCAAGAGCGCGGCUCCCGAGUACGUCCUCCUGCCGAGCCGGGUCAACUACCACAGCUUCAACAUUACCCAGGAGCACUUGCAUCAGGCCAUCCAGCUGAGCGUGGUCUUCGCGCCGCCGCUCAACAAGGUGUUUCCCAUCAUGCUGCUCUUCAGGAUGUUUGAGAGGCCGACUCCCAGUGUACACCACCUGCACAGGAUUCAUUACUGGGAGAGGAACACCACACGCUUCACUCUGCCACCAUCCUACCUCAGCAGUGCAGGGAUCGGUCACCUGGCCCUGCUGAAUGCCAAUUUUGGGAAAAAACCCAGACACAAGCACCUAAAUGAACAGGUGAGUUACGGUGUCACAGCGGACAGCAGCCUGUGUUUGUCCUGGGACGGCCACCAGGGGGCCUGGACUCCCGACGGCUGCGGGACACAACAAGCCGACAUGGCUGCUGCAGUCAACUGCAGCUGUCACCAGUUGAGGCCGCUGACCGUGAUGCAGCAGCCAAUCGCGAGCAGCCACGACACAACCGACCUGGACCCGUUCCUCAGUGUGUCCAGGGAUCUGACAGUGCUGGGUGUGCUGCUGCUCUGCCUAUGCCUGUACAUCCCGGGGUUGCUGAUGUGUCAGAGAGCUGACGUUGGCUCUGAGGCAAAUCGGAGAGCACACUUUCUUUCUGACAACUCUCCAUGUGACCCAUACCUCUAUGCUGUGACGAUCCACACUGGUCCUCGCUCUGCAGCCCGCCUCAGUGCAAAGGUUUACAUAGUGCUCCAUGGUAAAGAUGGGUGCUCCCAGACAAGAGAACUACAAGUCCCAGGAUGCAAUCUGUUCAGGAGGAACUCUCAAGACACCUUCAUAUUAAGCACGUCAGACAACUUGGGUCCAGUGUGGGGGGUUCACAUCUGGCAUGACAACUCUGGACCCUCCCCAAAUUGGUACCUAAAACAAGUGGAAGUAUACGAGGUGGGAAGUGCGCGUGUGAAAGGACGAGCUUGGUUCUUUGUGGGUCAGUGCUGGUUGGCUGUGAACAAAGAUGAUGGCCGGGUGGAUAAAAUGCUCAGAGUUGGCACUCAUGGAAUAAGCUUUUCGAAGAUGUUCUGUCUCAAGCUAUCGGACUACUUGGCCGACUACCACAUCUGGAUGUCUCUGUACAGCUGCCCCCAGCCCAACCCGUUCACACGCACUCAGAGACUCGUCGUGAGCCUCCUGCUGCUGUCGGGAUACGCGUGCGUCAACGCCGCAAUCCUAUCAAAGAUGAACGAUCGGCAGUUGCCGUUUGAGCUGGGCCUUGUGGACCUGUCGGCCGUUUCUCUGGCGACGGGAGUGUUGAGUGUGGUGGCAGCGUUGCCCGCGGCAGCUUUGACAUCUUUCCUGUUCCGGCUGCGCAAGCUCAAGCCGAUGGGGCCGGUGGUCCAGCACACGAAGGGUCGACGGACGGAAAAGGACCCUCCUGGAGAUGCCCUUUUGUUACAUGACAGUAUAUUCGAGCCCCAGCUGUAUUGGAACAGUCUUCAGCAGUGGGCUCAGGAAACCUGGACGAACAAAUACCAGGGCACAGAAUUGCUGCCAGCGUCCACCACCAUUCUGGAAAAUAAAAGCACAGAGAGGAGAAAUCUUGAUGGAGCACUCCGAGGAAAAGAGUUGGAUAUUUUAAGUGGAAACAGCAGGUUUCCUGGAUCCCAGAGGGCUCUUUUGUCCAGUUCCGGGGAUGCAAGACUUGCCUUUCAGAAGGACGAGGAACAUCAAGGGAAGCUUUUGUCGGACUGCGGCUACGAGGAAGACUGCCAUCGGCAGGCAGUGUGGCCUGCAGAACACAGUCUGGAAGGGAGCGCAUCGACGCCGCUACCUCAGUGGUCUCAUUAUGUGGCCUGGAGCCUUUGUCUGCUGUUGUCCCUCUUCUGCCUCGUGCUUUCUGCAGUGCUUGGACUGAGGUUCAACAGCAGCAAGGUUCUGCUUUGGAUACACUCUCUUUUCUUCUCCCUGAUGUUUUGCAUCUUUUUCAUCCAACCAGCUGUGAUUAUUACAGCAGCAGUGGCCGUUUCCUUUUGGCACAGGAAAAGAUCCGACCUUCACGGCUUCUCCAGUGUCAGAGAUAUUGAAAAGAACACUGCAAAUUUGUGGAACUGCAACGGCGCUCAGCAACCAGCAGAGCAGGUCGGCGCACCUGCCUUUCCACAAGAGAGAUGCUCGUACCUGGAGAAGCUGCUUGGAGAUCGUCGGCGAGCCCGCUACCUCCGUCGAGUGCGCCCGCCGACUGCGGCAGAGCUGAGGAAAACCUGUGGCAAGAAGAGAAGGGAGACACUUCUCCAUAAUACUCUCAGGGAGGUGUCACUCUGUGGCUGCAUGCUUCUCCUGAUGCUGUGCAUAAGUUAUGGGACCUCAUCCACUGAUCAUUCCCACCUCAAUAAAGCUGUAAAGAAAUGGUUUAUAAGUGGCGAUGAUGCAUUUAUGUCCAUACAAAAGCCUGAGCACUGGUGGAAGUGGGCACAGGGCCGUCUCCUUGGUUUACUGUACAAGAAUGCAUCCACCAGGACCGAGUCACACAUGUUGAUUGGAGAGCCGAUCCUGAGGAAGACAGAGAUGUCCAACUCAUUUCAUGGCCAGGCAAGCCCUCCAAGGACACGUGGUCACUUGGACUGCUACUUGGGACCAAGUACCACUGUUGGCUUAGGCCACACAAAGUCGGAUGCUGCGUCCAAACUGAGGCUCCUGCAUUCAGAGGGCUGGCUUUGCAGACAGUCUGUCUCUGUCCACUUCACCUUGUUUAGCCCGGCGCCCAACUUGUUCACCAGUGUGACGGUGCUCUCUGAGCAGAACCCCACCGGUGUUCUGCUGCCCUCUGUUGAUAUCCAGUCAGUUAGAGUGCAUCACACUCCGGCUGCGUGGGACUAUGUUGUCAUGGUGUGCCAGCUCCUCUUCCUUGUCUUCUCCCUGCUGCAAUUCUGGGAUCACGUGUACGCAAUAGGGCAGCAAGGCCUGAUGAGAUACUGGAGGACACCUUUUAACUGUCUGGAGGUCAGUUUGCUGACAGUUUCCUCCCUGCACUAUGUUUAUUGCAUCUAUCGCUCGAUCAUUCUCUUGGAGGUUGUGGAGCUGCUGCAGAGACACAACUACAGGGGACACGUUGACGUCACCCUCCUGGCUACCGUGGAACAAGACAUUCGUACUCUGCGUGGCAUUACGCUCCUUCUCCUCACCACGAAGGCUGUGACUGUGACCUCCACAUCCUCUGGGACGCUCCUCCCCUGCUCGCCCUCCAGCCUUCUCUGGCCGACGAUUGCGGGUCUUAUCCUGAUGGUGGCGCUGUCCUGCGUUGGGAGUCUCCUGUUGGUACACAGACACUGGGCCUUCAGCUCACUUCCGCGCUCCCUCCGGACCCUGCUCUGUUGCUGCGGGGGCUUCGGGGCCCCACGGGGCCUUGGUCUCUCGGGUAGUCAUGUCCUUUAUGGUGGAGUUCUCUGUCUUUCCUCUCUUGUGUGGAGAGCAGUGGUGAUGGGUUUGGUGUUCUCAUUGGUCAGAAGAGCCAAAAGAUGGACAAACUGGGGGAAUGUCUUCACCGUAGCGGAAUUCGCCGACUACAUCAGACACGCGGCCUUUGAUCUUGUUGGGAAGCGUAGACACGCAUGGCAGGAAAAUCCUCUGGAAGGGAAGACUUACUACUUUGAAGAGUUUGAAAGCUUAGUAGAUGAACUACUGUUCAGACUGGAUGCCUUCUCAGACAGUCUGCACCGCACUCUGCCCUCUAAAGCCCAGCACCCCAGGGAGGAGGACAGUCCCGUCAUCCCACAAGAGGCCUCCAACUUGGACGCACAGGAGUAUCUGAGUGGUAACACAGCUGUCAUUGGCCAUGGAGAGGCCUUGGCAGCAUCUCACCUGCUCAGGUCCAAGCUUGAACAGAGGGGAGAGCAUUCCUCCUCAGACGAUGCUGUGGAACGGCAUGCUUCACUAGGAUCUGAAACCAUGGCCAAAGAAAACCCAAAGGCCAGAGGGCUUCAUGCAUAUUUAGAGGCACAAAACUACCCCUCCACCUCAGAGUCAACAUCAUGCAUCAGCGCUUGGGCAAAAGAUGUUCCGGAGAAGCGAGUUAACAAAGGGACCAAAACAAAUGAAAGGAGCUGCUUGAUACAAACACAGGCCACAUAUGCAGAGAUGGUGGUAGAGGUUCUAGUCCACCAGGAGCCUGGGAGUGUAGAGCCAGGUAAACAGGAGGCUUCUUAUUGAGAGAACAGUUGUGGAUGGGGCACAGCAAGCGAUUGAAAAAAGUAUUUCUUAAUAUAAUAAUACAUAUAUUAUAUAUGUAUAAUAUUUUUUACUGUGUGCCAAUCGUUGUUAUUCACCGCUUUAAUUAGCAGAUGAUAAUAUUACCUGAACCUACCUAAUGUCAUUGAUGCAAAAACGGUAUCACUAUUUGUUACUUUAUAAUUGAGUGUAGUUGAUGUAAAUGUAAUAAUACAUGUAUUCCAGCUAUGCUUUGCCCAUGAUAAGAGCUGACAGAUAUGUUAUCAUUGAGUUGUACAUCACAUAAAGAGAUCCUUUAACUGAACCUGUCAAUCCAUAUUAAUGAUUAAAGUCACAUUUAAGUUGCACAAGUUUGUGCAUCCU